AUGGACGAGUCCUGUGAGAAAGGAAAAUUGAGAGAAUCUGAUGAAUCUAGUGCCAACCUCGCAUCCUUGUCCGUCAUAAUUCGUAUUGUUUUGAUUAUCCUACUACGUGGGGGAUUUUUAUUAGUCCAAGUCGGCAAUAUAGCAGUGAGCAAUGUCAACCUAAUCAUUCUGCAUAAUAUCGUCGAGAUAUCCUGGGUGACCAUUUGUUGUAUUAUUAUUGGCUCGACCGUUGGAUUCACUGGAGGUGGUGGAUAUUGGAGGUGGAUCGUCGGUGACGAUGAUGAUUAUGAUAAAACAGCUAGGGAAAGAGUUCUAGCUGUGUGGCAGAGUGUCAUUGUAGCGUCUGGUAUUUUUACCAACUGCAUUGCUGGUAGGAUGCACACUGUUGGCACUCUAGCCAUUGGGAUAAUCUUCGGAGGGUUAUUGCAACCACUCAUCAUUCACUGGGGCUGGAGUAUCAAUGGCUGGAUGAUUAACAAUCCACUGAGAGAGGCCAAUAACUCCUCAGGGUUUAUCGACACUGGAGGUGGAGCUCUUAUCCAUGCCACUGGUGGUGUUGUAGGGCUCGUUGCCUGUUUGAUUUUGGGGAGGAAAGUUGAUGCAACAACUAGUGGAGUCGAUGCCAAUGUCGCUAGCACAUUUGUUGGAUAUUUCUUCAUUCUUAUUGGUCUCCAGAGUUUGACAAUAUCCAAUCUCUCUGAAGUAUAUUUCACUACAAGAGACGUUGAAAUCGACUUGACCAUCAUCAACAAUCUUCUGUCGAUAUCUAUGUGUGCUAUGGUGACAGUAGGACUUCAUUUUUUUCUCCGUCAACCCUUCAAUCAGAUGACGGUAAUGAGGUGCAUUCAGGGAAUGAUUGCAGGUGCCGUUGUUGUCUCGGCCGGUGGGAGCAUUUACCCACCGUAUGUAGCUCUCACUCUGGGAGCUAUCAAUGGAAUUCUCUUUUACUUCACUAUCAAAUUCAUAGCACAGUGUAGUUUUGUCGAGGACUACUGCAACACAAUUGCCAUUCAUUUGGUAUCUGGAUUAUUUGGGGCAUUGGUUGUUCCAUUUUUUAAUAAAGCGGAUGAUGAAUUCAACAUUUUAAACUCGUUAUUGGAUUUUUCAUGGCAAAUUAUUUGCCUGCUCUCCAUAAUUGGGCCAAUUAUCCUCAUUAUGACGGCUGUAUUUAUGAGUCUAGGGUGCUGCGGGCUACUGAGAAAUCGCUCUGAACAUUUGAGUCAUUUGCGAGUAGCAGCAGCACUCAUGGCCACACAAAACUCUCACUCACGGUAA